AUGUCUCUGAAAAUACCCAUAUUCCUUGUUGUUUUUGCCCUGACAACUACUGCCAGACCUGUGGAAGAGCCCACCGCCGAGCAGCUGAAACAGGGUCGAUACGCGGAGAUCGUUCGCAACUUCUUCAUGCGCUUCAAGGAGUUAGUGGUGGAAAUGGUCAAGAAUUUCACCGAGGCUGGUGGACGAGUCAAGGUCAAAACCGAGGUAAAAAGAGUUUUUGCAAGCAUAUGCCAAAUAUCAAUCUCUGACCAAUUUAGCUCGGUCAGACAGAAAACACUUUUUGGCCUCAUCUUUUCCAGUUUCAUUAACAGGGGAAGUAGCCCAAGUGCGACGCUCAGAUUUUCUUUAAAUUCUGCACACACGUCGACCAUGAACUAGGCAUCAAUUCCUGAAAGUUUUAGCUCGCGCUGUCGAGAGAAUACACUAAACGCGGAGAGUGGUCAGAGAGAAAAACACUUUUCGGCCAUAACUUUGCUAGUUUCCCGCAAAAUUAUUCUAAAUCUAUGCCAAGUUUCGUCGAAAUCUGAGCGUCGCACUUGGGGGUACUUCCCUUGUAAGAAAAAAAUAAUUUUUUUUUUCUGGAAACACUACUCUUUGUAGUGCUAGUCGUCCCAGAAAGUGCGUAGACUUUUUCUCGCGGCGCACAGUGCCAGGCACCCCUAAUAUGGGUGCCUGACUGAAUAUGAACUGACUAAAUAUGAACUGACUGAAUAUGAACUGUGGUACUGAUUGAAUAUGAAAUUUGGCAAAUUUGGUCUAUUUCAAGGACUAUAUAGUACCAAGUGCUAAAAAUGUGUUUUUGGGCUGUACUAAGCACCAAACCAACAUCAUUACCGCCUUAAGCCCAAAUUUCCACCUCGUACUAAAUAGUACCAAUUGGUACUUUAUAGUACCAAGUGCUAAAAUGUGUUUUUGGGCUGUGCUAAGCACCAAACCAACACCAUUACCAGCCAAAUUUUCACUUCGUACUAAAUAGUACCAGGUAGUACUGUUUAGCACCAAGUGUUAAAAAAGUCUUUUUUAAGCAGUACUAGACACCAAAACAACACCAUUAACGUCUAAAGGUGUUAUAAGUCGAAAAAAUUUUAAAAAGAGUCCUUCAUCGGAACCUAGGUAGUAACAGUAACUGAAACCCGGUUUUCAUAUUCAGUCAGUUCAUAUUCAGUCUCCCUUCGGACUAAUAUUCGUCCCUUACAUAUUAUUUUUUUAUUCCAGAUCUCAACGGAAUUGGAAAAAUUGAACCCUGAAAUCGUCGAGCAACUGAAACAGUUCGAGAACCUGGAACUCCCUCCGACUAUGAACGUUACCCACUUUGAGAUGUCUUGGAAUGCGAAAGACGCGGACUUUCUUAAUCUCUUACGGUCGUAA